CAGACUCAAUAGUGCUGCUGACACGAAAGCCUAUAGCCCGGGCUUUUAGCUCAAUUAUCAGCACGCUCGACUCCCGUUCUAAGGUGAGUCUGUUUCGCGGGUUCAAGUCCAGGUGUGUGCAGGACUGAAUCACACAGUUACAACACAACCCAGAUUACAAUAUGUCUAGGCUACGUACUCAAUAUAAUCACAGAAAUGUGUGUGCAAUGUGCAUGCCCAUUCUUUAUUCAUAUCCCUUCUAAAUUGAUGUAUUUGUUUACGAAUACAAGAAAUGUUCACAGCCAAAAUACUACCUUUAUUGUUUUUGUAGAGAAGGCAAUUACAUUUGUAUUUAUGCAGGGUACAAAAUAGGCUUAGUUAGGCCUAUUUAUGACAUUAUUUAUCCAUUAAUUCAUGCUCAACAUUUAUUCAUCUUCAACUCAAAGACAUUCAUGGCUAAUGUCUGAAACACUUCGUGACACAAUGCUAUCCUUAACUUUCACCAGCAGAGGUCCUCAUAGAGUUCUGAAGCUUCGAGUACUGAACCCUUUUUCGAUACAAUUGGAUUGAAAGCUUCACUGGUUCAGAAAGCUUCAGUUCGCCAUCACUAACUAUAUGGUGCAUAAGAAUCUAAGAUAUGGUACCCAGAGACCGGUUAGAAGAAGACCUAAGUUUGUCUCUUCUGAUGAUGUCCAAACCGCUAGAACCAGGAAAAGAGAGCGGAUGAAAGUCAACAAUAAAAAGUAUGGUGAAAGGAAAUUUCUGCUCUUUCAUGGCACAGAAUCAGAUUCUAAGUUAAUUGAUUCUAUCUGCUACCAGAAUUUUGACUGCAAGUGUGGUGGCAAGGGAGCAGAGUACGGAGAAGGGUGCUACUUUGCCCGGGAUGCCCUCUACUCCCAUUUAGACACCUCUGACCAUGGCAUGCAUUCCAUGUUUGUGUGCCGUGCACUCGUUGGCAGCUACACCAAGGGGCAGUCUUAUCGAUUAUCGACAACCAUUUUCGAUUUUCCAGACAGCUCCACUGCAUUCAAAAGCAUGGAAAGUGCACCACAAAUGGUAACCGUGGCCACUUUGACCUUGAAUUCAUCGGUAUCCCCGUCUUCUGUGGUCCCAAGCACAGCUGGACGACUGCCCUCUGACAGUCUGACCACCACAGGACAAAGUGGCACAUCCAGUGGCACAGUUUUACCACAGCUCUCUAGCUCUGACACAUCGGCUCCGACUGUGGGUGCUUCUAGCCCGUCUUCUGUCCAGACAACACCCACCAAGCCGUCGACAGGGUCUCUCCAGAGCUCUGCCACAAAGCUCAUUCCUUAUCCUCGAGCUUCCAAAUCUUCCAAUUUGGAUCCAACCCGGGUUUUACCUUCAACAAGGAGCCAAGCAGUAUCAGUGAAGCCUUGCCCACCGCCCAAGCCAGUGGGUGUCUCCCACUUUGUUAUUCCAAUAAAAGAAAUCUUAGGUACUACCUGCACUCAUUCUGCUGUGUCUGAGGAGAUAAACCCCCCAGUCUCUGGGCCUGCUCCCCACAACAACUCCCGGGUGCCUUCACCCAUGCCCAGACAAGUGGCGUCUUCCUCGGUUGCAUCUGAUACCACAGCCCAGUCUUCAGCGUCUCAAGGGGGCUCCGACGACACAACAGAUCCAUCCUCUCCAGAGAGACAGACCCCGAGAGUUUCUGAUUUAAUUAAUCGCUUCAAUCAUGGUAAAUUGUAAAUGGACUGAUGGAUACUCAAUCAUAUCAGUCAUAAUCAAAAAUAAGAUUCUGCUACACAUAUACACACACACACACACACACGUAUGAUACAGUAUACUAUAUGGUUAUUUUUUGUUGAUUUGAAAUAUUUUCUGUACAAGGCAGUAGCUAGCUUGGUGGAUGGGUGGAUGCACAUUUUAUUAGUUUUUUUUGUUUGUUUUGAGAACUUUAAAUCCUUGUUUUGUCCACUAGGUGGCAACAUAGACAACAUAAUGUAGAACUGCCAGAUCUGAUACGGCGGAUACCCAGUUCUGCUCACCCCCACUGACCUACCAUCUGUAAUGUCCUCACUUCCGCUGUUUAGUAUGAUGUGAUACAAUUAAACCACAGUCAUAUACUAGUAUCUGUGAUGAGAGUGUUUUGGCAGUCUGGUGGUUUUGGACAAGACAA